AAUCAGCGCCAUCAAGCAUCCUACGGGCUACUGCAAAAAUGUUUGGUUAUGUCAGAACAGCCAAUAGUAUCACUUUAGGGGAUAACAAUGUUGUUAUAAACGUAUUGUUUAUUGUUUAUUGAAUUUAUGAUGAAUAACUUGUGACCCUUGUGGUAAUUAACUGAACAAAAUAACUCGAUAGUCUAUCGAUUUGUAUUUCUACCGUCACCUCACCCCUCUCGUUCCAAUAAUCACCACCAGAAUAGUCAAGCGCUACAGUGCACCUUAUUAGAGAGGAAAAAAGGGAAAAAAGUGGUUUUACUCCACCUAUAAAUAUACGAAUUGAAACGUCAGCUGAUUAUAUUUGACAGUGGAGUGAAGGAAGACGUGACAAUUUCCAGGGGUUUGUUGUUCUUUUGACAGGUGCAUUGGGGCUUUUUUUUAUUGGGGUUGGGUCAAGAGGAGGAUGAUUUGCAGGGUGGAUUAAGCGAGAGAGGAUGAGUCGCUCGGAUUUGAAAAACUGGCCGAUUUUGAGUCUGCUAGAGAAGGAUUUUGCGAAGGAACUCAGCACUGUUCUGAUCUUUGGAUUGGGUAAUGAAACGCUUAUGGUGACCAAAGACGAUGCAGUAUACGCCUUGGGUAGUAAUGCAUCUGGCUGCCUGGGAACAGGUGAUGGACACAGCACUCUGUAUCCAGUGAAAGUUGAGGCAUUGUUUCAGAAGGAAAUCAAGACAUUUGCCUUUGGAAUUGGACCCCAUGUACUGGCCCUCACUGCCAAGGGCGAGGUUUAUUCUUGGGGACACAAUGGCUAUUGCGAACUUGGUAAUGGAUCGGCGAACCAGGGCUCAACUCCCACUAAAGUUGCCUGCAACUUUGAGGACAAGCCUAUUAUAUCGGUAGCAUGUGGAAGUCAUCAUUCUCUGGCGAUUACGGAGGAUGGAGAAGUAUAUGGAUGGGGUCAAAACACAUGCGGUCAAGUAGGCAGUGGGAUAAGUACGAAUCAAAACACUCCCAGGAAGAUCAACUCGAGUUUAGCAGGCAAGAGAAUAGUGCAGAUCGCUUGCGGUCAAACUUCGAGUAUGGCGUUGACAAGUAACGGUGAAGUUUACGCCUGGGGGAAUAACAGCGUUGGACAACUCGGUAUUGGCACAUACAUCAACCAGCUGAGUCCACAUAAAGUGACUGGGCUCACUGGUGUAGUUAUAGAUAAAGUUGUUUGUUCAUAUGGCCACACAAUGGCAUUGAGUGACGAGGGGGAUCUUUACGUCUGGGGAGGAAAUGGUUAUGGACAGUUGGGCCUGGGAACGAAGUCUAAUGCUUGCCAGCCAGUGAAACUAUCAGUGGCAGAGAUGGGAAGAGUCUCUGACAUAGCAGCAGUACACUCGAAUCACAUAAGUGCUGCACUCGCUGAAGGUGGUAAGGUCUUUAUGUGGGGACAAUGUCGGGGUCAGAGUGUGACGACACCCACUGCAACUCCCCUCCUCUACUUGCACGAUGUACUGGCGUGCUACUCGACUCCCCCUGUAAUGCACGAGCCCCUUGUCCUCUAUGCUCAAGACGAGACGAGUAUUUUAGACUGCUUGAGACAAGCAUUUGAUGAUCCAGCAACUAGUGAUCUCACGAUCCAAGUGCAGGGGAAACCUAUUCACGUUCACAAGGCUGUGCUGAAAAUACGGUGCCAGUAUUUUAGGUCCAUGUUUCAGGAACAUUGGACUGAGAAUAAUCAAUCGAUAAUAGAGCACGACGAAUUUUCCCACGAUGUCUACAAAUCCUUCCUGCGUUACCUCUACACCGACGAAGUGGAUUUACCACCGGAGAAUGCACUUGAGCUACUCUACCUGGCAAACGCCUAUUUCGAGACCCAACUCAAGCGUAAAUGCGUCCAGAUCAUCAAAAGAGGCAUCACUGUGAACAAUGUGGCGUUCCUCUACAAGACAGCUAUUGAAUAUAAUGCUCAAGAACUGGAAGACUUUUGCUUUAAAUUCGCAUUGAAUCACAUGACUGCAGUCGCCCAAACAGCCCACUUUGGUAAAUUGGACGAGGCAACCCUGAAGACCUUCAUCGCCAAAGCUGCGCAUGCUGGAGCCUUCAAAACAUGAAAUUAAUAAAAAUAUACAUCUCAUUCCAAUGAUUUCUGCAUUUGCAAUGAAUAAAUUCGUACUUUUAGUGCCAAAUUGUGAGUUAAUUAGCAGCUUAUUCCAAUAAAGAGUUAUUUUAAGACGGCAA